AUGAGGCAUUUGACAAGCUGCCGCAGUCAGUAUAUGAAACGUCUCUCCCAUUCUAUCAAUAAUGGAAAGUGCCCCUUGUGCAGAGAGCCAGGCGACGAACUGCAUUUGACAAGCUGCCGUGCGAAGUAUAAGGAAACGCUGUCAGUGGUACAACGAGAGAUAGAGUGCAGGUCUCAUCUUACAAAAUCUCGCAAGACACAAGCAACAUCAUUUGAUUCCUACGGCCUCGCUGUAGAAAAUACCUUGUCAGUCCUGGGUUCUUCCAUCCACGACCGAGCUCGAGAGGAAACGGCUACUUUCGAAAUCGAGGAGCAUGGCAGCAGAGAAAGCGGGCGGGCAGCAGCAACAACGCCACCUAUUUACCACAACUCGACAGUGGACGGUAUCUUCACCACUCUCAAGGAAAAGUAUCAGCGUGGGCCUUUGGCCGCUUAUCUAUCAGCCUUCCUACACGAGAUUAAGAGGGCGCGAUCCUCUGAAAACGGCAACUACUGGUCGGAUGCCACAACACCCUCCAUCAUAAGUGGAACUCAGUGCUGGCAUUUCGAAGGGGACGACGAUAAGCUGCUCAACAACAUGCUCGAUAAAUGGAAACAAAUCCCGGCAAAUGUUUACUCAAGCUGGGACUCGAAGAAUCCUACUGAAAACCUUGCGAAGGUCCUCAACCAGCUUUCCCAACCAGACCCAGACAAUCCUCAUUACGCUAUCAAUAUGGGAGACUGCGAUGCGAUCAGGUUACCACCACAAUAUGCUUUGUAUGCGACAGAGGAUCGACUUGCUACCACGUCUAACCUCACGCCUCAGCACGCAAUCGUGGAGCUUCAUAUAGAUCGUGGCUUCCAUGGUCUGACUGUGCUUCGAAGAGGAUGUGUCAAGUUUUGGAUGUUCUAUCCAGCUACUGACCGCAAUAUGAGCCUAUGGGAUCAAUACUGUGGAAAACCGUACCCUUUUCUUUCCUUGGUCGGCCAACUGGAGGGGCCAGUCUUUGAGGUUCAGAAACAUGGAGAGGCAAUUCAUUUCGGGCCUUGCUUCCAUAUCACAUACACUCUUGAGGGCGGAAUCACUUCUGGAGUGAACUACAUGAGGGCAGAGAGCUUCAAAAUAACCUACAGAAUUUUGGAAAUCGAACAGAACCACAAUCGGCCCAAGAGCAAUGAUUUCAAGGCUUUACUUGAGUGUGUCUCGCUAUGUCUUCGCGACAUCGAGUCCCGCUCCUACAAGGAAGCCCUGGGCGCAUGUUUUCAAUACGUUAAGUAA